AUGACUCAACACGGCGAAGAGAUCGUCUUCUUUCACUAUCCCGUGUCGAUAUACUCGCACAAGGUCUUGUGGUACUUGAAGUUGGCAGGCAUAGAGUAUUCAGAAUGCAUUCAACCGCCAAUCAUGCCACGACCGGAUCUGGCAGGUCUAGGGACUUCAUAUCGCCGUAUUCCAGUGCUCGCUAUCGGUCGCCAUGUCUACUGCGAUUCGAGGUUGAUCCUCCACGUCUUACAAGAGAGAUAUCCUCUUUAUGGAGUCCCGAUGGGCGGUCCGGAUAAGGCAAUACAAAGACUGCUCCAAGACUGGAUGAAUGACCAAAUCUUCUGGCAUGCCACACGUUGCUUACCGUUCGAGCGCUCAGCAACUGCUAGUGAUCCAGCUUUUCUGAAUGACAGAUCUGAAGCAUUCGGUAAGCCAUUCAGGAUCGAAGACAUGAUCAAGGAAAGACCAGAGCCAUACAGCUAUAUCCGUGCCAUGUUCCAGACGCUGGAGUCGUUAUUGAAAGACGGUCGCGACUGGAUUACUGGCAGCACGAAACCAUCGCUAGCCGAUAUCGAUGCUGUUUAUCUCGCACAGUGGAUCGCGACUCAUCCACUUAUGGAAGGAGCAACACCGACUGAGUUCAUCUCCGAAAAGCUGUUUCCUAGAACCUAUGCGUGGAUACAUCGCUUUAAGCAGUCAGUGGAAGACGCUGAUUCUGGAGCGCAUGUUCCUGAGGCGCUGAUUGGCAAAGAAGCUUUUGACAAGAUCAUUUCCGCGCCAGAUACCGGGUUGCAAGGCGACAUAAGUGAUACAGACCCUCUCAACCUGAAGAUUGGUCAGAUGAUUGAAAUCUGGCCGACUGAUUGGGCGUCGAACCAUAGAGAUCGUGGUGAGCUCGUGAUGUUGGCAGCGAAUGAAGUGUGCAUUCGAAAUGCUUACGGUGUUCUUAUUCACUUUCCUCGCUGGAAUUUCCGGAUCCAGGCGGUAGAAAAAGGCAUAUCUUCCACUGUUGUUUCUAUGGCCAAUUUUCUGCCGCCACUAGAUUAUCCUCAUCGGCUGUUUUACCAUCCACUGUCUCCGUUUUCUCGAAAAGUGUACAUGUUCGCUCUUGAGCUGGGCACUGCAGAUCGGAUCGAGCUCCAGACAGUAGUCGAUGCUCCAGUCGAGUAUCCUGGAUGGUCUGAUGAUGCUCCUACCGUCGCUGAGUCAAACCCUCUUGCAAAACUUCCUACGCUAGUUGUCGGCAACAACGGUGAUGGCGUUUACGACUCGAAGGUGAUCUGCGAUUUUCUAGAAGAUGAAGCCUUAGUAGACAAGCGGUCUGACCUUCAACCACGCAAUUGGCGACUGAGAACUCUUCACGGUUGCGCCGACGGUAUGAUGGAUGCGCAAGUGCUCAUUUUGUACGAGAAGAAGAUCCGUGCUGAAAACAACAUCUUGUUCCAAGCCUGGAUUGAUGGUCAAACCGAGAAGAUAAUGCGGGGAUUUGACCAACUUGAGCUCGAAGUUGGUCGUGGCACGCUUCGAGCACCGGCUAACGAUGCACCAGCAUCAGCGGCUGAAUGUGCGGUGGCUGCUUGUGUAGCAUUCUUGGACAGAGUUGGGACUCAGUGGCGCGACGAUAGACCAAAACUAGUUGAAUGGUUCCAACGAUGGCAGAACAGGGAGUCUUUCAUCAAGACUCGUCCCGACGUGGAUUGGAAGACCGGUCAAGCUGGCGACAUUGGGUUCGGCCGAGAGGUGCUGAAUGGCAAAAAGGGUUGA